ACACGAAGGGAAGGGAAAAGACGGGGACGGCCGUCACGGCCGGGCACAGAUCAUAAGAUCAUUAACAACGGCUUUUUUUUUUCCAGGACGAAAAGACUUUUGGGGAUGGUUUUCCUUUCUUUUCUUUUGGGUAGAAUCGGAGAGGCGGACGCGAUGAGAUGCCUUUUUCUCUCUCGUCUCCUUCCGUCCCAGCGCGCUAGGGGCUGGGUGAGAGGACAGGGCUCGAUGAACGAUUCUCACGAUGCACGGAGGAAGAAGAGAAGAAGGAGAGUAGGGAUAGCUUCAAGCAGGACGCGGCGAGGAAAGAUGGAGCACGGGCAGGGGAAGGGUAUCAAUCGACCACGGCGGACCUAAACACCCAGACUACCAGAGUUCACUUGUUAGUACGUGUAGAGAAAGAGAGAGA